CAACAUUUGAGACAAACUUGAGUUUUGUUUACAAAUUGUCUCCAAAAACAGCAUUUGUUUGACAUUUGGUUGCAUUGAUUGACAAAUCAGUUGUCAUUUGAAGACAUGUUUGAAAAGACAGUGAAGUUUCGGUCCAAACAUAAGUCCCAUUAUGAACCUAUGGAACCGUUUGGUGAUCGCAACACACCAUCACAGGAGGACGUGUCGGACAGGAAGGGUGUGUCGUCGGGCACUCGGAUCCCGUGGAGGGCCUUAUGUUUGGCGCUAUUCCUGAUGUUCUUCGGCACAGUUGUGAUCGUGGUAUCGGUUCUCACAUUAUUUGGGUUUAUAGUGAAUAUCCAACCAAAUGAUGGCCUCUUAGUGCUCACAUUCCUCGGGUUCUUGAUGUUCAUCCCCGGCUUCUAUCACAUCCGUAUUGCAUACUAUGCUUACCAUCGAUACGAUGGAUACAACUUCGAUGACAUUCCAGACUUUGAUUGAUUAGACGUUUACACAAAUAGACAAACAUUUAUCUAUUCAUGAAUUACUAGUCACUUAUCACUGAAUAUAACAUUAAUGAACGC